GGGCUCCUCUCCUCAACCCACGAUCACUUGAAACUCACGCAAGCAAGGCGUAAAGAGGAUCGCACCAGUCUCCUGUCAGCUGAGGGAAUAACAAGAGACCUUUAUAUACCCACACACACACACACACACACGCACUCAUACACGCUCACACUCACGCGCGCGCUCCUCACCCUCUCCUGUGCUCCAUCGCACCGCAGAAUCCGAGAGAAGUGCUCGUGUUGAACUCCACACGGUGAAAGUUGAAACAUGUAUGUGCACGCUUUGAUACGCGCGAGCCUUGGAUUUGUGGGUUUCUGUUUGGUCGCUUUUGUCCAACAGUCAGCUUCAGGAAGUAAAACCACUCAAGAUGUGGAUGAGUGUGCAGAGGCACUUGACAACUGCAGCAUCGAUGCCAUCUGCCAGAACACCCUGAAGUCAUACAAAUGCAUCUGCAAGUCGGGCUAUAAAGGGGAUGGCAAACACUGCGAAGAUGUCGACGAGUGUGCAACCGAAUACAACGGCGGCUGUGUGCACGAGUGCAUCAACAUCCCGGGGAAUUACAGGUGCACGUGUUACGACGGCUUCCGCUUGGCACAUGAUGGGCACAACUGUCUUGAUGUGGACGAGUGCUCGGAGGGCAACGGCGGAUGCCAACAGAUCUGUGUCAACAUGAUGGGCAGCUACGAAUGCCGCUGCAGAGAAGGAUUCCUCCUGAGUGACAACCAGCACACCUGCAUCCAAAGACCUAAAGUGCAAUCAGAUGGCUCAAAGGAGGGACCCACCUGUAUGGACAAGAACCAUGGCUGUGCACACAUCUGCAGGGAAUCGCAGAAGGGUGGCAUCUCCUGCGAAUGUCGACCUGGGUUCCAGCUCACACGUAACAUGAAGGACUGCAAAUUAACCUGUAACUAUGGUAAUGGAGGUUGCCAGCACAUCUGCGAGGAAACAGACCAUGGCCCCAAGUGUUCUUGCCACAUGAAGUUCGUCCUCCACAGCGAUGGAAAGACUUGUGUAGGGGAGAGGAGUGUCCAGUCCCAGGCAGCACCACAGCUGUUCCCCAAUGAGACCUGUGCAGUGAACAAUGGCGGCUGUGAUAGCACAUGUCACGACUCAGUGACAGGAGUCCGCUGCAGCUGUCCUGUCGGCUUCACUCUUCAGCCAGAUCGCAAGACCUGCAAAGACAUCGACGAGUGUCGUUUGAACAAUGGCGGGUGCGAUCAUGUGUGUCGGAACACUGUGGGCAGCUUCGAGUGCAGCUGCAAGAAAGGUUACAAGCUUUUGACCAAUGAGAGGACUUGUCAAGAUAUUGACGAAUGCUCUUUUGAUCGCGCCUGUGACCACUUCUGCAUCAACUCUGCCGGCAGUUUUCAGUGUCUUUGUCAUAAAGGCUACGUCCUGUACGGCCUGGCACACUGUGGAGAUAUUGAUGAAUGCAGUAUAAACCGUGGGGGGUGUAAAUAUGGCUGCAUCAACACUUUGGGGAGCUACGACUGUACCUGUCCACCAGGGUACAAACUGCACUGGAACAGGAAAGACUGUACUGAGCUUGUGAAAUGUCUUCCUGGACUGGCAGCACCAAAAGCCACUCUCACCUGCAGCAAGACGGGCAAGAAAGAGAGCUGCUCUCUCACCUGUGCGUCUAAAGCUCACUACUCGGCAGAGUCUGACAACAGCUACUCUGUCAGUUGUGGUAUCCCAAUCCUCAGAGGAAAAUCCCCUGCCAGGCUCAACUCCAGCAACAGUCAGAGCUGCAUAGAGACUUUGGCCCCUCCAGUAAAGCAGACGGCUUCUUUCAAGAUUAAAAAUGCCAAAUGUCAUCUGCAUCCUAAACUGACUGGCAGGUCGGAGGACAGGGGACGGACACUAGGACCAGGAGGGGGACAGCCCUGCAGCAACUGCCUUGUAACGUUUGUCAACCUCAAGUGUGACUCCUCUAAGAAAGCUAAGGGGCGACGUGCUCGUAACCCCACAAACAAAGAGGUGACACGAAUAACACUGGAGCUGGAGGCUGAGGUCAAACCUGGAGACACCACAGGCAGUUGUAAUCUCAGCUGUCUGAGACAGCGCAUGGAGAAGCAGGUUAAGACGUACAUCAAAGCUCUGAAGAAAUCCAUCAACCAGGAGCGUUUUCUGAUCCGAGUCGCUGGUUUGGAAUACGAGGUGGCCCAGAAACUUCCCCAGACGGCUCCUAUUCAAGAGAACUGUGGCCCGGGCUGGGAGAGGGACAGUGGUCGAUGUGUCAGAUGCUUGUCCGGGUCUUAUUACCAUGGAGAGCAGGAGCGCUGUGUCCAGUGUCCACCAGGCACUUUUCAGGAGAAGGAGGGGCAGCUGGCCUGUGACCUUUGCCCUGGAAGUGAUGGCCACGGGCCCGUCGGUGCACGGAAUAUCUCUUCCUGUGCAGGCCAGUGUCCGACAGGAUCGUUCUCCAGCGAUGGGUUCAAACCUUGUCAGCCGUGCCCUCAGGGAUCGUACCAGCCAGAUCUGGGGCGAACUCUGUGCUUCCCCUGUGGUGGAGGACUGGGCACUAAGAAGGAAGGUGCGAGCUCCUUCCAUGACUGUGAAGUCAAAGUUCAGUGUUCUCCUGGUCAUUACUACAACACAACAGUACACCGCUGUAUCCGCUGCCCAGUGGGGACCUACCAGACAGAAUUUAGACAGAACUACUGUAUCUCCUGUCCUGGGAACACCACCACUGACUUUGAUGGUGCAACAAGUGUAUCACAGUGCAAGAACAGGCAAUGUGGUGGUGAGAUGGGCGAGUUCAUGGGUUACAUUGAGUCACCUAACUAUCCCGGUAAUUACCCCGCUAAUGUGGAGUGUAUCUGGAACAUCAACCCACCCAGCAAACGCAAGAUCCUAAUUGUAGUGCCAGAGAUUUUCCUCCCCUCGGAGGACGAGUGUGGAGACGUGUUGGUUAUGAGGAAGAACUGGUCAGCUACAUCCAUCACCACCUAUGAGACGUGUCAGACGUAUGAGCGGCCUAUCGCCUUCACGGCUCGAUCCAGACGUCUCUGGAUUAACUUCAAGUCCAAUGAGGCCAACAGUGCCAGGGGCUUCCAGAUCCCCUACGUUACUUAUGAUGAGGACUACGAACAGCUUGUUGAGGACAUAGUUCGAGAUGGAAGACUGUACGCCUCUGAAAACCACCAAGAAAUCCUCAAGGAUAAAAAACUGAUUAAGACUCUUUUUGAUGUGCUGGCUCACCCAAACAACUACUUUAAGUACACCACUCGGGAGUCCAAUGAGAUGCUUCCCCGCUCCUUCAUACGUCUCAUAAGCAGCAAAGUCUCCGCUUUUCUGCGACCAUACAAGUAAAACGGUCAUGCAGCAGUGAUGCAACAGAUUGUGACCCCUGUCGUCCCUCUCUGCCUUACAGGCCACAUCCCGCAACUCUCACAGGACUUAAAAGAAAAAAAAUCACAUACUACCAUGUUUACACUCUCUUAUUUUCAUAGGCUUUGACAAUAAACACUUUGCAGACCUAAAAAAUACUAAACAAUAAUUGUGUUUUAGGUUUUGUCUUCUUUUUUUUGUCAGUUUCCAUUUAGCACUCAGUCCAUUCAGUCCCAGCUCUAACAUUUAGUGGGGAUGAUGUAGAGUAUGCGAGUGGGUUUGGUUUCUAUUGUGUUGUGAAACAAAACCACACACACACAUAAAAUAAUAAUAUAAACAUCUCCUUCAGACAGGAGUGAUGUUCUGUGUGUGUGGUUUGAGCUUGAUAGAGCUUGUUAUUGUAUUGUUUAAAUGAGUGGUCUGAGUUUCAGCUUCAACUCCUACCACCAAGUAUGACUGUCAGUGUUGUCUAAGUGUUGUGUAACCCAUCUACGGCGUCUGCGUGCCGUCCACGAUGAGGAGCCGUUGUUGAAUUCAUUCACGCUGCAGCUGCGUUCCAGGUCAUUUAAAGCCUUACUAUAUUUGAGCUCUUAGAGCAAUUCCCCAGAGUUUUACUGUUAAAACAGUUAAUCUUUGUUUUGUUCCGUCUGUCUCGACUGUACCCAUGUUCUCCAACCUUGAAAUAAUCAUGUCUGUUGCUGUUUUGCAAGCCGAAUUCAGAAAAAAAGAAGAGGUGGUUUAUCAUUCCAGGAACACAGUGAACCUUUGGGAGAUUAAUAAGAAAAAAAAGAAAAAAAACACAAUUGUGAGAGCCACAGAAAUGAGAUAAUGUGAUGUAUAGUGAAACAUGUCUCAGCGAGGGAGAGAGAGAGAGAGAGAGAGAGAGAGAAAGAGGGAGAGAGAGAAAUGUCUUUGAGGGACAUUAUGUUUGCUGCUUCUUUUAAGAAAAAAGGUCACUUUAAUUCUUCAAUCUCAUAUUGUCUUUCUGAUGUACUCUACACACUUAUGGUCUACAGGUUUAAUACAAAGAAAAACUGAAAUAUUUCACUUCUUAUACACAGUAAGUUGAUAAUCUCACAAUGCCUGUCAGUGGACUACCAGUUUUAUUGUGUUUUUAUUUCAAUCUUGUAAAUAAUGAAAAGAAAUAAGACGAGGGUUGAAUUCUUUUAAUCCUAAUUUGUUUACGCAGACCCCCCCCCCACCCCCCAAAAAAGAAAAAAUUGCAUUCUGCACCCUCAAAACCAGACACCCAGUGCCCUCCACCAAAACCCCCGUCACAUUUUUAUUCUGUCCCAGUGAAAACAGCUCUUCCAAAGACUGCCUCAAAAAAAAGGGCACGUCAAGUUGUUUUGUGCACUAGAUUUAGAACCCAUCAUUUCCACCUGUUUAGUACAAAGUGCAAUGAAUGAUGAACACACCAUCGUUUUGGUUACACCCUUUUGUGACCCACAAAAAGGUUGUGAAAUGUGUUUGAAGUGGGCUGCAGUCUUGUCGAGACUUGUAUUAAAUAUGUGUCACUAUGGGCUAAAGGUGUUUAGGACUCAACACUCUUAUCUUGUGAAAUACAAAAGAAAAAAGAAAAGAAACUUGGUUAAAAUGUGAUUAAAAGAAAUGGCAUUUGGUGUGUUUAAAAAAAAUAAUCUAUAUCUAUAUAUAUGUUGUGAUUUCAAAACAGUGACCAAAACAGGGUGAAAUAUUUAUGUUUAGUGAACUCCUACACUUUGCUUCACGUUAGGAUCUGCCGAGUAGUUAAAGGUACAGUAAAAUUAAGCAACAUUUAUUGGUAAAGUUGCAUGUUGCAGCUGAAUAUCCCUCACCUUACCCUUCCCUUCCAAGUGUAUUGGAGAUCCUAUGUAGCCUUUGCUUAGUACAUCAACCCAAAAGAGCUCAUUCUGGGGUAAAACAAGUCAUACAAUCAGGUGAUUGUUCACUUGUAAUAACUAAUUUAUCUUUACGUUCUGCCAAAUUAAACUAAUGUCACCAAAAUUUUACACACUGGACCUUUUAAAGAAUAGAAUCUGACAUUUUAGAGAACAUGUGUUUGCUUUCUUUGUUUGCCAGACUUUGGUUGACCAUACUCAUGUCUGCUAAGCUUAUCUUAGCUGAUCUCAGCUUAGCUUAGCAUGAAGUUUAGAAACACAAAGUGGGGCUGUACCAUCCACAAUGAAAACAAUUUCUGAGUAUAAAACAGUAUGUGUGAUUUAUGGGAGGAAUUGCUUACAAGCAAAAUCCCUGAAAUGUUUGAGCUAUUCCUUUAAUGUUAUGUCAUCAGUAAAGAUGAAUACAUGGUUGGUCAGUGAGCAAGUGACAAUGAUAAUCCCUCCUCUUAACUAUGACGGAGUAUUAGGGCCACGAUACAGAAAAAAAUGUUUUUGUUGCCAUGACACUCAAAAACUCAAAAUUUCGAAAAUAGAGUUGAAAUAUUUGGCAGAUUAGGACAGGUACUCGGUGUCCAGGUUUACAACUUGAUUCACUUAAGAGAGAGGUUUCAAACCUCGCAGCCCCUCACUCAAUUUAAUGUGGGCCACCACAAUAUCAAUUUAUAAUGAUAUAAAUAUAAUAUUGCAAUAAUGUUUUUUUUGUAAUAUAUUCAUCAUAAAAACCUUUACAUUGUAAACUAUAUAUCAGUCCGUAUCAACAGAGAGACUUUUAUUUUGAAAUGCUACAAAAACCACCACUUUUGAAAAAACUUUUUUUAUCACGAAAAAUAUAAUUUUUGUGAGAGCUCUGCUUUAUGGUAUUGACAUUUUACCACUUCCAGUCAAGAAAAAAGUUUCAGCAGGUCAAAAACUCUCGACAUGAUAUUCCAACUUUAUACUCAAGAUUUCUAGUUUAAUCUCUUCAUGGCAAAAAUAAUAUAUUUUCCUUCAUGCAUGGCCCCAAUACUCCGUCGUUCUUAAACCACAUAUUCAACCCUCUAAAAGAAGUCAAACUGAGUCGAUGCUUACUCUCCGAUAACUUAUGAAUAUUUCAGGGAGGAUUUGUAUGUAAAUGUAAAUGAAAAUAAAAAAAACAAAAAAAAUAUGUGGGGAUGAUACAACUUGUAUCCAAGUACCUGCAGCUUUAGGAUGACACAAAGGGAAUUUGACCACAAUGUCAAAAUUGAGGGCAGCUCUGGGUUGAGCCAUGAAAACAAACAAACUUCCAGUCUUAACACAUCAUCAAAGUCUCUUUUAAAUGAUAACUUCUGUCACAGCUUGAUCUCCUCAAUACUUAGUAUUCUAAUGUGCUGUUCCCUUGGCCCACAUGCCCUCAUUCCUACCAACAUCACCUUCCCUCCUGCAACCUGUAGGUUUUUUAUUUUUAUUUUUAUUGUUGCCUUUUAACAAGAGUUUGCUAUGAUGUAUCAUAGAGUUGAUAAUGAUAUUUGCACUUGAAUUGUUAUUGCUCAUGUAAAGAAAUGUCUGGAUUUUUGUAUUGUCUUUUUAAAUGAAUGGAAUUGGUGUACUUA